UCUGUUUUAUGUCAUCAGCUCAAUAGGCGGCUCCAGAUAGCAGAGCUGCUCUGUGCUCCAUGGCACCGUGCGGCCAUUAGAGUGCAUGCUGGGACAGAUAUAGGCCCGCCAUAAAUAGGUAUUGGGCUGGACAAUGGCGGGCGAUACGGCCAGUCCAUCACAACGUAUUUUUAGGCCCGCGCACAUGAUGUCUCCAACCGAUUCAACGGCGAAUUUGGUACCGCUGCUGCGGGCACACCCGGUGCUUGGGGGGCAUGCUACGCAGCAGCGAACACCACCCCGGCGCGGGCCACACCCUCUGCCAAGGUUGGCACGCAAGCUGCAUAUGGCGCAGGCGAAAAUCUGGCUUUGGCCUUUGCACUAUACUGCGAGAAAUCUGCGCAAACCCCCGACCACCACUUGAUUUCCCAACCCCAGGACAUGCAUGCCGCUUAUUUUACGUGCCAAUUGUGUUCAUCAAGGGCCAGGCGCACACUCUGCCGCUGGCUGCCCCGCCUUGGGUGAAUGGGGAACACAAUAGCCGUCUAGCGAGAACAGACUGGAGAGGUUGUAUGCAUGACCGCUUUCGCAAGAACACCGACCGCACUACAUCGCCCUUCAUCUGCAGAACCCUUCUGUUCGUUGCUCGUCAGUUUUUCUGCUCUGUAGCUUUCUCUUUAAUCUCUAAUACCAAUUCCUUAUUAUUUCUGCCCUCCUGUUCCCCACUUGCUGUGUUGCGCUGCUUUGUUCAUAGCCCAAACCACAUUUGCCCGCAUACACGCAUUUGAUAUUUAUUCGGCUUCUCCACUUGUCUAUAUAUCCAAGAGAAGCUUACAAUCAUACGGAUACCGCUUUU